GCAACCUGCUCUCCAUGGGGUUUGGAUUUGUGGAGUACAAGAAGCCGGAAUACGCUCAGAAAGCAGUCAAGCAAUUACAGGGUUGCUCCGUGGACGGCCAUCAGCUGGAAGUGAAAAUCUCCGAAAGAGCCAUCAAGUCCACAGGGGCGACCGCCCGUAAGAAGCAAGUCAGCAAGAAGCAAGUGAAUUCCAAGAUUUUGGUGCGGAAUAUCCCCUUCCAGGCCACGGUGAAAGAGAUCCGGGAACUUUUCAG